AUGGCCGAACUGCCGCCAAUUGCUAUGGCUGAAUUUCUCGUGCAGUGCGGUCUGUUCAGUCUUAAUGAGUCUGAGACAGACAGCCCUUAUCAAGAAAGUCAUCUGUCAGUCGAAAAUAGCUAUGUGUAAAAUGUCGACUCCCAGUCCGGGUCCUGGCGCCGCACCUAGAUUCAUAUUUUCAAAAUUAUUGCCUGUUAUGGUAGAUUAGGGUGUCGAUGCCUCCACUACGAUGGUGUAGGAUCAUCUACAUCUGAUUGCUUUUUUAACAAAGAUGCAGAAUUUGAAGAUUCAUGAUGCGUUUUGCACUUGAUCAGAGGCACCUCAUUAUUAAGAUCGAAGGGACCUUACUACUAAGAUAUCUAUGAUUUCGACAUUACGAGAGUGCAAGGGACUGGAGACAUUGUCACAAUCUGUAAGGUAGAAUGAAUGGACCUUUGGCCAUAAAACGGCUAUCCUAGUAACAUGAUAGCGCUUAAAUACCUGGGAAAUAUCAGAUCUCGAAAGCUUAUCGUGUUCUUUUAGUGUUGACCUACCAAGUUUUCUAUGUGGCCUUAAAAACAAAAAAACUUGGGUUUGGAUUGGCAACGGUCACUUGGUAAGAUGGCCGCCCCCCUCCAACCGACCGCUUAUUUAGGCUUGCGUUCGGUGACUCGGACCGUCGUGCAGUCUAAUCUGUGUACUUGUAGGAUCAAAUGCAACUUGUACUCUGAAAAACCCCCGCAUGUACCUCGUCUUUGAUGCUCGCAAAUUCCUCGCACAGGGUAGUUUCUGGUCGAUGAACGACACCACGCGCCUGUAACCCCACGGUGACGUGUUCACUUGUGGGGUGGGAGGCCAUGGAUAAUUUAUGAACGCGCCAUUUAGGUCAUACGUGUGCAAACCGGCUGGAGAUCAAGGUUGGAGAAUGCCGUUCCUUGCACAAUGGUCGCAUAGAUACGGAGCUUAUGGUUCUGCCUCCUCCGGCCCCACCACAUUCUGUCUGAGAUCGGUUCACAAGUAACACGAAGACGGACGUAGCAGUUGAGGAUCUGAGUUGUGUUGGUUGACCCCUGUCUAUCUUGGUCUUUCCAACUCUAUUUAACGUUCAUGGGAGGGAACCGGCCAUGAAGGAUAGAUGCUUGUUUUCUUCUUCCUUCGGAGAUUAUGGAAGAUUAUUUGUGGUUUGCAGAAUUUCAGAAAUCCGUUCCUGUAUACCAUGACAAACAUACUUAUGGUGCAUUGAAGAGCAGGCAUCGUUCCAAAAAAUUAGGUAAUCUGUUUAGUGAUGAUGAUGAUGAUGAUGAUGAUGAUGAUGAUGAUGAUGAUGAUGAUGAUGAUGAUGAUGAUGAUGAUGAUGAUGAUGAUGAUGGCGUGUGUACGUGGAGCGUAAUGAAGAAUAGUAAGUCAGAGUCCCCCUUUCCCACUUACAUCGAGGCUCUGGUGGCAACGUAACCUGCAAACUGAUGAAAUGGCCGACCGAGGAAUCCUAAGAAUGCGGUUCUCUCGGCGUAUCUCAAGAUAUUAAUAGGACGUCUGCUGUUUGUUUUGCCUACCCCAUCUAUCAUUUCAGAUUUUCUGAGCCCAUGCGCUCUGGGCCCUCCUGCCGGGCAGUGCGUGUACUUUGUUUUGGUCGUUGCGCAUGCUGCCGACUCUUCGACCCACAAAGGUAAACUAGACUCAAGAUCCGUUCAAAAUAUAAUACGCAGACGAUUAUGAACUCUCAAAAUACGCGACUCCCAGCAAAAAUAUACACGUAAACUCCCCUUCAAUUCCCAUCCAAUUCCAACAGUACACGUGGUUUACGGCUUUCGAAAUGGGAAUAAGACGUAAUACCCACAAGGCCUCUUGCUCUGAUCUGUGUACACUUCAAUGUCCUGCGGGUCGCUGCAUUCACUAAACCAGUCACCUGACACGCGGAUCUACACCACCGUCAGAGAAAGUAGGGCAGUGGUAGGGUGAAGGACACCACUUAACGGUCGGUGAACUGUGGGUUGUGUCACAUGGGUUUUUAACUUGGCGUCCAUUUACAGGCCACUGCAGACAUUAAACUGCCAACAACAAUUACUUCCCAUGACCUCAGACCAUUACUCACACUGUUAUUUUUUGAAGUUUGCUUUUGCUUUUCGAUUAAAACGCUAAUUUCCGUUGACACAUGAAAGAGUGCGGUAAGACUUUCGGUAGAAAUCCAAGCAAUUUCUGUGUUUUCUUGCAUUCCGUCGGUUUACUGUCUAGCGUGCUGCUCCACCCGUACAACCCUCCCCCACUACCACCGAUCCAGUUUGACACGAUCCACAGCCCACCGACAAUUAAGCGGGUUUCUUCAACCUAUCGUUGCCGAGAUAGUAUUGAGGGGUAUGUGAUCCGUGCCCCAUCAAAAAUUCGGCAAAACGAUGCUUAUUAUUCCAGGCUAUAAAUGCGGCUUAAGUAUGUACGAGCUUUGACAGUUAAUGGUUUGAAAGGUCAAUGUUGCGUACACCUCCCUUGCAUUCCUACCAGGCGAUUGUCUCUAUUACCACCACUCCCCCACUAUAGGUGACGUUACGCAAUAGUUCAGAGGGGGAAGUAGACAUAUUCUUGUUCGAUCAAGCAAUCCCCAUAGAAAAAGAAGUAUGUUCAGCCAGUCAAAAGUUGCUAAUCUUAAAGUGGAUUGUAACUGGCCUCCUCCGUGCUGCAAAGGUCCCACUCCCAAUUCUUCUUUUCAAGCUUUUGGAAAGCGCCUUAAUGUAUAUGAGUCAGUUGAUCCGAUGCCAUUUGGGGGCGGUAGCUGAGUCAGCCUAAGCAGGUGCAAGUUAUCGACUAAUCACUAUUUAGCCAAAGUUUUAGCUGCUGAUCACAUUUCUGAUGUUCGACAACUCAGUCGAUGUCGUCAACCCCACAACCUCUGCCAUCCCUGCCAUAACGACUGCUAUUAGGUCUCCGACCCUCACCACCGGCGAGAACACUCCGGAUGCCAUGUCAAUCUCAACCCUCACCACUAGGAGCGUGGACUCGUUCCCAGUCUGUCCCCAAAAUGAUCGCGCCUAG